AUGUACAUCUCUACAGCCAAACUCACUCUCCUUGUAGGCUCCUUUUCGGGCGCCUACGCGUUGCCUUCGCUUUCACGCUCCAACUACGCCGUCAAGGAACGUCAUGCUGCUCCCCGCGACUGGACCAUCGUCGGACCUUCGUCCAAGUCGGAUACCAUCCACAUGCAAAUUGGUCUGAAGCAGCAGAAUGAGGGUGUCAUUGAGAAACACCUCAUGGAGAUCUCAGAUCCCAGCCACUCCCGUUAUGGCCAACACAUGACGGCAGAGGAAAUCUCCAGCAUUGUCACCCCUUCAGACGAGUCGCGCGACCUCAUCACCGCCUGGCUGGCUGAGAAUGGCAUCGAUGAUGCUGUACACUCACCCUCCAAAGAUUGGAUCCMUGUUGUCAUUCCCAUUGAAAAGGCCGAGAAGCUCCUAGACACUUCCUACUCCACCUACAGACACGCAGAUGGCUCUGUGCUCGACCGCACGCCUGAGUGGUCUCUCCCAAUCCAUCUGCAUGACCAUAUCGAUGUCAUUCAGCCCACAAACUCAUUCUUCCGUCCAAUCCCCAAAGAUCUCACCAGCAGCGUCACUACUACUGGUUCCGAUGCACUAACAGGUGAAGCGCACUCUUUGGAGUGGUGGGACAAAGUCGGAAAGGGCCUCUAUACUGGCAAGGGCUCGUCAAAGCUGUCUGAAAUCUGUAACAUCAGUUUCACCACUCCAGAGUGCAUUCGCACCCUAUACGGAACCAUCAACUACAAGGCACAGGCUCCAGAGAAGAACAGCGUCGCCGUGACCAACUACCUCAACCAAACGUCAUACCGAGCGGACAUUUACAAGUUCCUUCAGAUGUUCCGUCCAGAGGCUGCUGAAGCCGCCAAGACUUUCCCUGUUGUCAUCAUCGCGAAUGCCACCAACAAUCAAGGUGCCCAGACAYCAGAGGAGAUCGCCAAUGGAGUCAACGUUGAAGCCAACCUCGAUGCUGAGCAAGUCCUUUCCGUCUCAUGGCCUACCCCAUUCACUGCCUACUCGACUGGCGGAUCUCCUCCUUUCAUGCCUGACCUUGCUACCCCAACCAACACCAACGAACCAUACCUGGUCUUCCUGCAAUACCUCCUAGCUCAGAAGAAGGUUCCAAACGUCCUCUCCACCAGCUACGGUGACGAUGAGCAGACCAUCCCACGUUCUUACGCCAACAAGGUCUGCGCUGGGUUUGCUCAGCUUGGUGCUCGUGGAGUGUCGGUGCUUUUCUCGUCUGGUGACAACGGUGUUGGUUCUAGCGGCAAGUGCUACUCCAACACAGAGCCCAAGCAGUACAAGUUCCUUCCUGCCUUCCCGGCUGGCUGUCCCUGGGUGACGGCUGUUGGUGGAACUGAGGCUUUCGAGCCUGAAGUCGCUGUUAAGCGUUUCGGCUCCGGUGCUGGUUUCAGCGAGUAUUUCCCUGCUCCUGACUACCAAGCGAAGACGGUCGCCCAGUACGUCAAGAGCUUGAACGGGCUCUACAAUGGUUUCUACAACAAGAAGGGUCGUGGCUACCCAGAUGUUGCUGCGCAAGGUAACCGCGACGCUCUUGUCUCUGAGGGCUCAGUGCGUACCGUUGGUGGCACCUCUGCAUCCUCGCCUACAUUCGCUGGUGUCAUUGCUCUGGUCAAUGAUGCUCUUCUCGCCAAGGGCAAGCCUGUGCUCGGAUUCCUCAACCCAUGGAUCUACAGCGGUGCCUACAAGGCUCUCAACGAUGUCACCAGCGGCUCCAGCUUUGGCUGUAACACCACCGGUUUCCCCGCUCAGAAGGGAUGGGAUGCCGUUACUGGCUUCGGCACGCCCAACUUCCCGAAGUUGGUCGAUGCUGCGUUUGCAAAGUACAAUGCUAAGCCGUAUGGAUAUUGA